ACUUUUCUACCAGGCAUGAAGUUUGGAUGGAACAGAGUAACAGGCCUGGAUCGGCACCUGUCAUCGUGGAGGAGUGCAGAUGACCCUUCUAAAGGUAAUUUUACUUAUGGGAUUGAUCUAAGUGGAUUUCCACAACUACUUCUGAAGAAUGGUUUAGCUGUAGCGUUUCGCCCUGGACCAUGGAAUGGUAUUCGAUUCAGUGGAAUUCCUCAAUUAACAAUUAACCCAGUUUAUAGUUAUGAAUUUGUUUCUAAUGAAAAGGAGAUAUCUGUUGUUAUGAGGAAUGUGUUAACUCCUGAUGGUUAUUCACGAAGGUUCACAUGGACUGAUAAAAAAAAUGAAUGGUCUCUUUACUCAACAGCACAGAGGGAUGACUGUGACACUUAUGCAAUAUGUGGAGUAAAUGGAAUCUGUAAGAUUAAUGAAUCUCCAAAAUGUGAGUGUAUGAAGGGAUUUAGGCCAAAGAUCCAAAGCAAUUGGGACAUGGCAGACUGGUCAAAUGGAUGCAUUCGAAGCACUCGGCUGGAUUGUCAGAAGGGUGAUGGAUUUGAAAAGUACUCUGGUGUGAAACUGCCAGACACGCAGAGCUCCUGGUUUAAUGAAAGCAUGAACCUUAAGGAAUGUGCUUCCCUGUGCUUGAGCAACUGCUCUUGCACUGCUUAUGCAAAUUCAGAUAUCAGAGGGGCAGGUAGUGGAUGCUUGCUCUGGUUUGGUGGCUUGAUUGACAUCAGAGACUUCACUCAAAAUGGGCAAGAGUUUUAUGUAAGGAUGGCUGCAUCAGAAUUAGAAAUAAUGAAAUGAUCUAGGCUUGGAAAUGGGCUAAAUUCUGAGUUGGUGAAUUCUUUAAUCCUUCUUUCUAUUCUCCAUUUUGCAGGAUACAUGGAUCACAAUUCAGAAGGAGGUGAAAACAAUGAAGGUCAAGAACAUCUAGAGUUACCAUUAUUUGACUUGGAUACAUUAUUGAAUGCCACCAAUAACUUUUCUAGUGACAGUAAGCUUGGAGAGGGUGGUUUUGGACCUGUCUAUAAGGGAAUAUUGCAAGAAGGACAAGAAAUAGCAGUGAAGAUGAUGUCAAAAACUUCUAGACAAGGAUUAAAAGAGUUCAAAAAUGAAGUUGAAUCCAUUGCAAAACUUCAGCACCGAAAUCUUGUAAAGCUUCUUGGAUGUUGCAUUCAUGGCAGAGAAAGAAUGUUGAUCUAUGAAUACAUGCCUAACAAAAGCUUGGACUUGCUUAUUUUUGAUCAAAAGCGAAGCAAGGUGCUACAUUGGCCUAAGCGCUUCCUCAUUAUCAAUGGGAUUGCUCGAGGCCUUCUUUAUCUUCAUCAAGAUUCCAGACUUAGGAUAAUCCAUAGAGAUGUCAAAGCAGAAAACAUUUUAUUAGAUAUUGAAAUGAGCCCCAAAAUUUCAGACUUUGGAAUAGCAAGAAGUUUUGGAGGAAAUGAAAUUGAAGCAAGCACAACAAGAGUGGCUGGAACAUUAGGUUAUAUGUCUCCAGAGUAUGCAAGUGAAGGAUUGUAUUCCACAAAAUCCGAUGUUUUUAGCUUUGGUGUUUUGGUCCUAGAGAUUAUAAGUGGGAAGAGAAACAGAGGAUUUAGCCACCCAGACCAUGACCUUAAUCUUCUUGGGCAUGCAUGGACACUCUACAUAGAAGGUGGGUCUUCACAAUUUAUUGAUGCAUCAAUAAUGAACACCUGCAAUUUGUCUGAAGUGCUACGUUCAAUCAAUGUGGGCCUAUUAUGCGUGCAACGUUGCCCAAAUGAUCGACCAAGCAUGCAUUCUGUGGUUCUGAUGUUGGGUAGUGAGGGUGCAUUACCUCGGCCCAAAGAGCCUUGUUUCUUUACUGAUAGGAAUAUGAUGGAAGCAAAUUCUUCCUCUAGUAUUCAACCCACCAUUACACACUUGGAAGCUCGGCGAUGCUUUUCUCUAAGUCAUACAAGUCAAACACAAUGCCAAAUCUUAGGGGGCAAGGGAAAAUACGAGGAGACUUGGAAAGCACCUAAAAUCUCAGGCAUUUUCUAUCUAGGAACGGCUAUGGAUUCUCUUACAACAGUUGCAGUUAUCUUCUCCUAUGUAUUAUCCCUCUUAAGAAUCUCCGUGGCAGUAGACACCAUAAUUGUAAAUCAAAACAUUACAGAUGGUGAGACCAUCACUUCAGCUGGUGGGAGCUUUGAACUGGGUUUCUUCAGUCCAGGUAAUUCCAAGAACCGAUACUUGGGGAUAUGGUACAAGAAAGUGGCUCCUCGGACAGUGGUAUGGGUUGCCAAUAGAGAAAGUCCACUAACUGAUUCAUCAGGAGUUUUAAAGGUCACUCAGCAGGGAAUUCUUGUUCUGGUCAACGAUACUAAUGGAAUUCUUUGGAAUUCUGGUUCAUCACGUUCUGCACAGGAUCCAAACGCUCAGCUUUUGGAAUCUGGAAAUCUUGUUAUGAGAAAUGGCAAUGAUAGUGACCCGGAAAACUUCCUAUGGCAGAGUUUUGAUUAUCCAUGCGAUACUCUUCUACCAGGCAUGAAGUUUGGAUGGAACAGAGUAGCAGGCCUGGAUCGGUACCUGUCAUCGUGGAAGAGUGCUGAUGACCCUUCUAAAGGUAAUUUUACUUAUUGGAUUGACCCUAGUGGAUUUCCACAACUACUUUUGAGGAAUGGUUUAGCUGUAGCAUUUCGCCCUGGACCAUGGAAUGGUAUUCGAUUCAGUGGGAUUCCUCAAUUAACAAUUAACCCAGUUUAUAGUUAUGAAUAUGUUUCUAAUGAAAAGGAGAUAUAUUUUAUUUAUUCUCUUGUUAACAGCUCUGUUAUUAUGAGGCUUGUGUUAACUCCUGAUGGUGAAGCUCAGCGGUCCAUAUGGACUGAUAAAAAAAAUGAAUGGACUCUUUACUCAACUGCACAGAGGGAUCAGUGUGACAAUUAUGCAAUAUGUGGAGUAAAUGGAAUCUGUAAGAUUGACCAAUCUCCGAACUGUGAGUGUAUGAAAGGAUUUAGGCCAAAGUUCCAAAGCAAUUGGGACAUUGAAGACUGGUCAAAUGGAUGCGUUCGAAGUACUCCACUGGAUUGCCAGAAGGGUGAUGGAUUUGUAAACUACUCUGGUGUGAAACUGCCAGACACACGGAGCUCCUGGUUUAAUGAAAGCAUGAACCUUAAGGAAUGUGCUUCCCUGUGCUUGAGCAACUGCUCUUGCACUGCUUAUGCAAAUUCAGAUAUCAGAGGAGGAGGAAGUGGAUGCUUGCUCUGGUUUGGUGACUUGAUUGACAUCAGAGACUUCACUGAAAAUGGGCAAGAGUUUUAUGUAAGGAUGGCUGCGGCAGACUUAGAAGCUUCUUCAAGCAUAAAUAGCAGCUCCAAGAAGAAGAAAAAACAGGUCAUUAUCAUCUCUAUAUCAAUUACAGGAAUAGUUCUUUUAAGUCUAGUCCUGACCUUGUAUGUGCUCAAGAAAAGGAAGAAACAACCAAAGAGAAAAGCAUACAUGGAACACAAUUCAAAAGGAGGUGAAAACAAUGAAGGCCAAGAGCAUCUAGAGUUACCAUUAUUUGACUUGGAUACAUUAUUAAAUGCCACUAAUAACUUUUCUAGUGACAAUAAGCUUGGAGAGGGUGGUUUUGGACCUGUCUAUAAGGGAAUAUUGCAAGAGGGACAAGAAAUAGCAGUGAAGAUGAUGUCAAAAACUUCUAGACAAGGAUUAAAAGAGUUCAAAAAUGAAGUUGAAUCCAUUGCAAAACUUCAACACCGAAAUCUUGUAAAGCUUCUUGGAUGCUGCAUUCAUGGCAGAGAAAGAUUGUUGAUCUAUGAACACAUGCCUAACAAAAGCUUGGACUUUUUUAUUUUUGAUCAAAUGCGAAGCAAGAUGCUAGAUUGGCCUAAGCGCUUCCUCAUUAUCAAUGGGAUUGCUCAAGGCCUUCUUUAUCUUCAUCGGGAUUCCAGACUCCGGAUAAUCCAUAGAGAUCUCAAAGCAGAAAACAUUUUACUAGAUAAUGAAAUGAUACCCAAAAUUUCGGACUUCGGAAUAACAGGAAGUUUUGGAGGAAAUGAAAUUGAAACAAACACAACAAGAGUGGCUAGAACAUUAGGUUAUAUGUCUCCAGAGUAUGCAAGGGAAGGAUUGUAUUCCACAAAAUCCGAUGUUUUUAGCUUUGGUGUUUUGGUUCUAGAGAUUGUAAGCGGGAAGAGAAACAAAGGAUUUAACCACCCGUAUCACGACCUUAGUCUUCUUGGGCAUGCAUGGACAUUCUUUAUGGAAGAUAGGUCUUCAGAAUUUAUUGAUGCAUCAAUGGGGAACACCUACAAUCUAUCUGAAGUGCUAUGCUCAAUCAAUUUGGGUCUAUUAUGUGUGCAACGUUUCGCAGAGGAUCGACCAAGCAUGCAUUCUGUGGUUCUGAUGUUGGGUAGUGAGGGUGCACUACCUCAGCCCAAAGAGCCUUAUUUCUUCACCGAUAUGAAUAUGAUGGAAGGAAAUUCUUCCUCUGGUACUCAAUCCACCAUCACAAAUUUGGAAGCUUGAUAGAAGAUGCCUCAUGUUGAUGUUUUGUUGUCUUUAGACCUAUGACUUCAACUACUUUAGGCAACUUUUCUCAACCACACUGCUUAGCUUCCAACAAAAGACUCAUAUAAGAUGCUGUCAGGUGAUUAGUCUUUGCUGCUACUUUUUGUAUGGAUAAUGAUAGUUACUGAUAGUAUAUAAGUUCAAUAAUAGAAGUUGACCAUAUAAUGGAAGCUAUUCUUUUCAAAAAUACUAAUUACUUGCAGAUUGU